AUGGUCUGGGAAGACGGAGGGGGCACCGCCGGAAUAACUGUUGUCACCAUUCGUGUUGUUGUAAGCGGUGCAUCGCCAGUUGGUGUAUUAGAUACAGUGUAUGGUCUCACAGAGUCGGAUGGCGGCAGUGUAUACCCCAAAGGUGCCGGUAGUGGCAACAUGUCCUUGGCACAGGUUGGCGGCAAGGGAGAUAAACACGAGGGUUCGACUGGUGGAACCCGAGAGUUACGUGCCGAUCUGCUACGCAAGAAAGCCCGCCAGGCUGAGAAGGAUUUGCAGGAGGCACGAAAGGCCCUGCUGAAGCCAAGAAGUAGAAGGCUGAAAACUGAGAAACCUGAUCCUAACACGGACCAACUUACUCUUGAAGAAGAGUCCAAAGAGGACCACGAAGAAGAGCGUUGA